AUCUCAAGAGGUACGAAAACAGAUAUUUUAAGCUCUAUUUACUCUCUUAAGAUAGGACACGGAUACUUCAACGCCUAUUUAAAGAGAUUUAAGAGAAGAGAACGCGAGCUCUGCAGAUGCGGGAGGCUACAAACAGCAGAGCAUCUACUUCUAUACUGCGGCUUCUACAGCGCAGAAAGAAACCAGCUUAAAAAGACUCUUAACUAA